AUGGAUGCAGCAAGACAGCGGCUGCUUGCUCCUGGUGGUGGUGCUCGCAGUGGCGGUCGUGGUGGUCGACGACAGAGACGCGACAAGCACGCUGCCAGCCAGGGCCUUGCACAAGAUGCAACAGAUAUGGCGUCGACGCUUUCAUUCUUCCUGAACGCGCAGCGCGCCAUGCAUGAGGACAGCAGUGACGAUCACCUUGAAGAAGAGAUGAUGGUGAGCUUGUCGAAACGAGGCGAGUACACCAGCAAGAAGUACCCAAACACACACCCGCUCGUCGUACAGGCUGCGGUAGAACACGCUCGUGCCCUUCAAGCGCAUGGAACCCCUCUUGCCGAGCUGUGGAGGUCAGACAACUUCAACUCUGCUGGCCAACUCAACCGCGCCCGCUUCAUGCAGCGGCUCCGCACAACGGUUUCAGCGUCCGCAUCGUCAGAGCGCCGAUUCGUGCCCACCUUUGAGCACGUUGCCUCGGACUCUGGCAACUCCAGCGCCCUCCGCCUCCUCGCCAGCUUUGCCCUCGUCGAGAUGACAACUGAGCGCGCAAAACUCCUUGGCGUCGCAGCGCUCGGCCGGCUGCCAACGGCAAUGACGUGUUUCAACCGCCUCGUCCUUCCCGCGUACCCGACAGAAGAGCUGCUGAGACAGCGGUGA